ACAGAGCAGGUCUCUGAGCCAAUGGCGUUGCUCUGCGGGCAAGACGAAGUGAAACUAGAGGAGGAGCGGCAGGAGGAGCGGGUGAAGCAGGAGGUGAAGCAGGAGGAGGAGCAGCAGGAGGAGCGGGUGAAGCAGGAGGCUGCGGAGCAGCAGCAGCAGCAGCUCGGCAACGAGCGGAGGCUGCGUCCUCGGCACAGAGCGAGCAGCAAUGGGGGGCCGGUAGGGCCCCCUCCUCCAAAAAGCAGGCUUGAGGAAGAGGGAAAGAAAGAAAAGAAGAAAAAGAUUUGUCGGAAGAGAAGAAAGAAGACCAACGAGGAAGAGGAGGAGGACAAGGAGACGAAGGGGGGGGAGGAGGAGGGGGAGGAGGAGGGGAGUCGUCGCUUCCCGUGCAGCACGUGUGGCCGCGUGCUGCGUGGGGAGACGCGGCUGCGCCGGCACCUCGCGACCGGGCACCGGCGGAGCCUCGCCUGCGAGCGCUGCCCCAAGAGGUUCUCGCGGGAGGAGGAGCUCGGCCUACACCGGCAGACGGACUGCGAGCGCAGCAUCCAGUGCUUUACAUGUGAGAAGUCAUUCAAGAAGCUGUGGUACCUGCAGCAGCACAUGAAAACUGUGCACAGCCCCGCAGAGAGGAACGUUGCCUGUGACAUCUGCGGAAAGAAAUUCUACACCCUGGCCCAGGUCAAGAAACAUCUGGUCGCUCACCGCGAGGACAUGCCGUACACGUGCGAGACCUGCGGCAAGUCGUUCAAACGCAGCAUGUCCCUCAAGGUGCACAGCAUGAAGCACUCGGGACUCCGGCCGUACAAGUGCAAGCUGGAGAGCUGCACUGAGUGCUUCAUGUAUCGCUAUCAGCUGAGAAACCACAUGAGUGUGCACGUGGGACACAAGGAGUUCAUGUGCCAGUGGUGUGGGAAGGACUUCAGCAUGAAGCAGUACUUUGAUGAGCACCUCAAGGUACAUACAGGCGAGAAGCCGUUUGCGUGUGACGCGUGCGGGAAGCGCUUCACGAGCCGCCCCAACAUGAAGCGGCACCGCCGCACACACACGGGCGAGAAGCCGUACGCGUGCGAGGGCUGCGGCCUGCGCUUCCGCUUCUCCAACAUGCUGAAGGCACACGCCGAGCGCUGCCUGCUGGCACUCGAGAGGGUGGCGGCGGCAACGGCGGCCGUGAACGGGCAGCACUUUGUCCCUCCGGCCUUCCCAUACCACACCGAGCAUCAUGGGUAGAGAAGCGGUGGCGGGGGGGGGGUAAGGCACAAGGCUUCAUGUGAAACCGCGAAGCAGACAGUAGUGUGUACUCCACCACACCUUGUUGUACUCACACGCACAUCCUAACUAUCCACCACACACACUACACACACUAACUAGCCACCACACACACUACACACACACUAACUAGCCACCACACACACUACACACACACACUAACUAUCCACCACACACACACACACUAACUAUCCACCACACACUACACACACACUAACUAUCCACCACACACUCUACACACACACUAACUAUCCACCACACACACUACACACACAAUAACUAUCCACCACAUACACUACACACACACUAACUAUCCACCACACACACUACACACACACUAACUAGCCACCACACACAGUACACACACACAGUAACUAGCCACCACACACACUACACACACACACUAACUAUCCACCACACACACCUGCAGUAUGGUGGCUGAACACAGCGUGGAUUAAACAAAAGUUUGGAGAAAUGAGUGAAGUUAACGAGGAUAGCACCCACGCUAAUAGUUCUAGAAGAAAGAUAAGGAGACGACCGACCACCGUGAGCGAACGGCUCUGUGUUGGAUUCUAUCAAGCACUUGUCUGUAACUUAAGGCUGGGGUUUAUAACUGAUUUUAUUAUGAAGACAAGGAUCAUGCUCGGUCACUGAAUUAAUUUUGACCUCUGAAAAGGUGAGCGGAAUGACCUCGCGAGUUUGGCUGCAUGCACUGCCCAAGAGCUGGUGAUGUCAAUAUUAAGGGGCAAUUAAUGUGGCUUUUUCAGCAUAAGUGUCCUCUUAAGAUUUUGCACAGGAAGAUUUAAUAAGAUUUAUGUUUUGCAACACAACCCCGAGACACUGAGAUGAAAGUCACUUCAUAGACAUUGAAGGAGUUUGAUGUUGGUCCACGUAACAAAAGAAGUAUUUUUUUACAAAUCCUCUCAGCCACACGUUCUUCUGGGAAUGCUUAAUUUCGGCAGCAUUGGUUCAAGCAUAAUUCUCGACCGGUUUGAACAUUCGGCGUCUCGUCAGCAGAGUAAAGCUUUCUUGAACCAAUGCUGGUGAACUGUCAGAUGUUUAAAUGUCUCCUUUAGCGACCACAAACUAUAUAAUACACAACACAGAACGAUGAUCAGCUUGGUCGUGGAGAAUAUAAGUAACAAAUAAGUAGACAUUUUUCGUCCUUCCCAUAUCUGGCCCUGCACUUAAAAAGAUUAUUAAUAGCACUUCCAGAAGGCCGUGUAGCGAAUGGGAUGUGUCAAAUAUAUAGCAAGGCUCAGUUUGGCCUCUGAAAUAAUGGACACCCACUUUGUGAAGCCAAAUGCUAGGUCAUAAUUUUUGCAUGUAUAUGGCGCUUGUUAAAAUGCCUCGGCAACUCCCAAGCGUGCCUCAUGGGAUGUGUAAAAACAAUUAGCUUAACGAGGUGGAGGCGUAUUGUCUGGAUGUUUGUUUUAUUCGCAUUCUGCACAAUGACGCUGACGAUUCCAACGGCAGCAGCAACCGCGGGAUGUCCAGCAGCAGCAGCUGACCGCUUCGUGAAGCUCCGUCUGGCAUCACAGCCGCUUGAUUCUUCAGGUGCUUGGGGAUGAUGGAGAGCUCGUGGGGUUUUUGUCGAUACCUUUUUCAGGCCAGUUGUGUAUGUAUGUUGAACUUCCUUUGCACCGUACGUAGCCCACGUGCUAAUCGGAGGUGCAGGGGAAGGGUGACAAACUUUGCGCAAUAAGUUAUAAAGAAAUUACUUUUGCAUCUGUAUUUAAAAGUGCAUCGCUCCUGUGGCUUCCUGGUAUCAGAAAGAUGAGCGUCCCAGGCGGCCGUAGAAGCACAUGUGAACGGGCGUGAUGUGCACCGCAUUCAGCGGGGACCCGCUUGUGGCCGGCGUCGUUGGAUUAGUGGCACCAUGGAAUGGGGCCUGCGUGGCGACCCCUUGGGUCGCCGUGCGUUCCCGUCCACUGCCUCCCACCACACCACGUGAAUCGCUUCGGUGGACUUGGGAUCUCUUUGGCAUUUUAAAAGUAGAGUUUGUGUUUUUGAAUGACGUUUCACUUAAAGCAUUGGAGAUAUAAGUCAAAGGGGUAAGAGUAUCCCUCGCUGUGCAGCCAUUUGGAAACCGCAGUGUGUCUGUGUACCUGUGCCUGUUAUUUGCACAGGUACACAAACACUGCCGUUUUAAUCUUGAUUUGAAGCUUUCGUGACUACAGGAAUCCACACUCUUUGGUUCUUACGGUAAAGUCACGUAGUUAUACAAUAAAUCACGACGUUUUGGGCGCAGCACAAGCGUCCGACAUCAGGUGUGAAAGCAUGAUCUGCUGCUGAGGCAGACUUUUAACAAAUAGGAUUUCGCAGCUAAUGUGGUUGAUCAUUGCUUUUGGGGUAAGGCCAAGUAAUGGUCUGGCCUAGUGAGUGUCAUAAGACCCUCCGUCCUGACUUCCUGAAUUGUAUUCUGACUUAGUGGAUCUUGUCCCGAGGAUGCUUGACGCAAUGUCAGGUGACUUAAAUGAUUGUUCUUUAAGUUACCAUUGAGUUGAAAUCAAUAAUAGGUGGCGCAUUGUUCAAACGCUUGUACAUGUGGCAAUUUGAUUUGUUUGGCUGUGUUGGGUGGUGGAGGGUUUUAACGGCAAAAAUGUGGCCGAUCAUUACAUGGCCUCACCUGAAAAGCAAUUUUGAGAUGAGCUAUUCUUUGCACAGGUCCAUAAACACACUUGUAUUUAGUAAAGUUGAUUAACAUUGAAUGGAAUUAAUUAGGUAAUUUUAUAACUGAAUUGUUAAUGAUGGUAAUUUUUAAUAUGUAUAUACAUUUUUAUCAUCCAAUGAAAUAACAGUAUAGCAUGAAGAAUAAUGCUACAGUGUUGUAUAUAUGUUGCUUGGGAAAUGUUACACAUUGCAGUAUACUUCCGCUGUGUGAAGAUGACUUGGUGGUCAUUUGAAACGUGCAACAAGGAAGGGUUGAAGUUUUUGCUAACAAGGCCCAAUUUCGGCGCAUUCGCUGCGCGUUGCAGAGCUCCGUGGUUUGAACACGCCAGGCAGCCCUGGUUAACGCUGCGGUGUGGAUUGCCCAUUCCAGUCUCUGCGCUGUGUGGUUGUUCACAGUGUAUGGCGAAGAUCCAGUGAGCUCAUUCCAAAUGAGUCGUCCAUUGCGUGCUGGUAUCAAAUUGCCCCAAGUCGAAACAUUACAUUGCAAAUGAUUUAAUUGGGAUCGCACUCAGCAAUAGAGCUGAAUGAUUUGGGGAAAUAUCUAAUUGAGAUUUUUCUGACAUUUGAUUUGCGAUUAAAUUUUUUAAAGUCAAGCUUCAGUUCAGUAUUCACUGUGUAAUAGCUUUAAAACAUGUGAUGGAGCAUCACCACAUGAUACAUCAAAAUAUAAACUGCUCUAUAUAUUCUAAUGCAAGGAUGAGAACUUAAAAUAUAUUAAUUGCUUCCAACAUGUAUUUAUUUCAUGUUUUAAUUAACAUAGAACAAUCAAACAUAGAACAAUUGUUAAGUUAAAUAAAUAACGUUUUAAUCAUAAAAAUUAAAACAAUUCCAAUAAUGAAUUAACAUGACUUUUCAAAUGGCAGCCUUUGCGAUUUGCUAAUCGCAUUGUUUCAAUUUGCCAUUUCGAUUUGAAAUCGAUUAAUCGUUCAGCCCGACUCGGCAAGCAGCCAUCGCCCCCUACUGGCAGACGAAUUGCUGCUUUCUGCUGCUGCUGCUGAGUCGCAUUGUGCCGCACAGGAAGAGCUGCCUCUGUGGGUGACCUUCAAAAGUUUGAGAUGAUAAGCAAGCGCGAUACAAAUACGCAAUGUUAUAAUUAUCUCCAGGUAAUGGCUUCACAAAAUGGGUUGUCAUUUUAUAGGCAAAAUUGCAGUCUUUGUAUUUUGUACACAUCUACUCAGCCUUCUGGGGAGGGUAUUAUUUAUAUGGAGGGACUUCUGAAGGAGGCGAAAUUUUGUAUUUAUUUAGUUAUUUAUAUAUUGUUUAAUUGUUGCUAUUUAUUUUGUUAUUUAUAUUUUGCACAACGACGCUCGUGAUUACUUUACCCCGGGGAUACCGUCUGAAUUCACAUUCGUCCGUGUAAAUCGCCUGAGGGACCUUUACCUCCAAUGACAUUGGAACGUGGAACACUUUCAGGGUGGUAUAAUAACGUGGGGUUUUUAAUAUACACAGUAGGGUUUUUAUUUUACUGUAUAUGUCACAGUGUUGUAUUGAUGGAAAAUAAAUAAAUGGCAGUUUUCGAUUU